AUGGAUAUGUCGCACGCAACAACGACGCCGGCGAUACGAAUAUAUGACUCCGGCACGCACCACUCCCAUUUCGCCAUCCCGCGCCGGUCGUCCUCGUAUGCCUCUCCGACCGCUCUUCCCAUGGCCAUUCCCAAUGCUCGAGACUCUCCGCCGCCGCCCUUGCCUCCGCCGCGUUACAUCAGCGAAUUGAGCGAUGGACAGGAUCCCGGGUGGCAGUGGGGCAAUGGCCCGAAUAGUUCGUCCUUCGGGAAGAAUUCCUUUGGCUCGGUGAAGCCGGGCUCCAGUCUGCUGGGCGCUCAGGUGAAACGAGACCAGGCCUUAGAAGAGAGCGAGCGUGGCAGCUGGGCUCGCAGAGGAAGCUCGCUCUCAACGGUCAAGCCUCAAGACACAGACAUGGCUGCCGACAGCCUGAGUCACCACAGCGACGAAGAUCGCCCAGAUCUCCCACGCCCGUCCAUGGCAAACCACCGCCUCCAGAGCGAAAGACAACUCGGCCAGCGUUCGCUCGAAGACUCGUCGCAAGCGUACGAUAAGCAGUUACUAUCCAAGAUCGGCGGCCCAAACACGCCGAGUCGCGGCCCAGGCACCGGCUUCCUCUCGACCAGCGCCCAAGAAACCUCGACCAGCCCGCACAACACACUAAGCAAGUUGAAUGGCCAACUCAAGCCGCUUUCGAUGCCGGACCGUCGCUUGAGCUCCGUCGACCUUUCUGCGUCGAACUGGCCGCCAAGUUCGGGGGCCAUCUCGCCGGGGCAAACAGGAUUCCGGAGUCCCAUCUACGGACCGGGGUCAGGCGAGAACCCUGCGCAACGCCCCUACGGCAGUGUUUCAGGCCCCAGCGGAUACGAAGACCCUCACUCUCACAGGGGCAGCUACGACCACACCGUUUUCUUGGAGCCUGAUUUCGCCAUGGAAGAGAACGGCAUGCGGGAUCUCAACUUGAAUGAUCGCAGUCCUGCCGGGUCGGACGAGUAUCAGCUCAGCACCCACGGCGGCCUGAAGAGGCGCGCGUCCUCACCGCCCACUGAGGCUAACCGCGAAGACCGCCCCAGCGGCGGCAACGACCUCUACCAUCGCCGAUCGGCUCAGAUGUUGGUCAAUCGCAACUCACCCAUCUCAAGGUUCCACGCCAAUCACGGCUCGGUAUCCUCCACUUCUUCCCUAGGACAGCGGAACGGGUCUCUAGGAUCGUCCUACGGCCUUUCAAUCGCCAGCAGCGCAACGAGCUACAACACGGAUCGCCUGUCUCCCGGCGCGCUCUCCCCUUCGGUAGACGACUUUGGCCCGGUUUCGCCGUAUUCCACAAACAGGUCGCUGAAUCCCAGCCCACGUGGCUCUUUGUCCAAGGCGUCGCACCACCAGCGCGGAUUGUCGGGCGAGGAUGCCAUGCAGGCUCGCAAACUGUCGGCUGACAGUUUAGCACACUCACGGCAGAACAGCGUGUCGAAGAUCCAGGGCCUCUACAUUUGCGAGUGCUGCCCGAAGAAGCCGAAGAAGUUUGAUAGUGAAGAAGAACUACGGAUGCACGAGAUGGAAAAGCAGUACACAUGCGCAUACUGCCCGAACCGGUUCAAGAACAAGAACGAGGCGGAGCGACACCAGAACUCUCUGCACCUCCGGCGCCAUUCAUGGUCCUGUGCGGCGCUAUCGGGAGUGCAAGCGGCCUUCCACCCGUCAACGGUGCACCCGACGGUGGCAGACGUAUGCGGUUACUGCGGCGAGGAGUUCCCCAACCCCGCGGACUGGGACGUACGAGCAGAGCACCUGAAUCACGUGCACAAGUUCGGUGAAUGCAACCAGGCCAAGAAGUUCUUCCGCGCCGAUCAUUUCCGGCAGCAUCUCAAACACAGCCACGCUGGCACGAGCGGAAAGUGGACCAACAUGCUGGAGAACGCAUGUAUGAAGGACGAACCUCCGCCAAAGGAGCGACUGGGAUCAGUGGGGUCGCUUCCGGGAUCGACCAUGGGUCCAGGCGGCACGCUGACUGCAGUAGCCGCCCCUAAGCCAGGCGUCAUCAGUGAAGCGCGUGAUGAGUCUUGA